AACUGUUAUAGUUCAACUUAGCGGUCACCAAGGGCAACAAAAAUAUGACAGGAUGAUAAAAAUUUAUGUACAGGAGAAACGGCUGAUGAUUUAGUGGACUAUUUUGGCAUGGAAUUUAGUGAUCGAGCAAUCAAAUAACCGUCGUUUGUUUAUCAGUUCGUAGUAUGGAAGCUUUAAAUCGCUACAAACUUUUCUCAGAUGUGAUUGAUUAUAUACUUUCGGUGAUAAUUGUAGUAUCAUUAGUUCCCGUACAUGCUGAAGUUUGUAUCUAUUAUAAGAAAUCCGUGGACUGGAGCCGUAUGCUACUGGAAAACAAAAAUUCGUCUUUCCCCCGUUCUAUUUACAAAAGUAGAAUUGACACAUUUUACUGUUACACUGAACAAUACUGUUGUGGAAGCAGCUGUUGUGAAAACAAAACCUACAAAAAUUACUAUGAAUAUUAUGAUAAUUAUAAUUACAGGAAUACAGAUGACAACUAUGAGAUGUCAUCUGGUGGCACAUUCGGAAUAGCAAUUGCACUUGUGGUCGGGUUAACCUUUUGUUUAGCAUGCUGUAUAUCAUGCUGCAAGCAACAAGAAAAUGGAGAGACUGCUUUGUCCAUCAGAGAAGUUCAGCCUAUUGUAGCUUAUUCUUCAAACAAUGGUACAGUUGUAGUCCGACAAGCUCCUCCAGAAGAUGAUUCACGUUCUACGACAUCAUCCAUCUCCGACAGAGAGGGUUCUCCACAGUCUCCUCCAUCACAAAGGCAGACGUCUGAUCACGAUUAUUCAGACGCAUCUCCUCACUAUAUUCAGGGAUCAAGCAUACAAAGCAGUGGAUUUAACUAUGCACAGUCUUCAGAUUUUACUGCUCCUCCGCCAUCUUAUGAUGAUGUCAUAUCACAAAACUAUCCGAUAUUAAGUGAGAAUAAAAAUUCUAGAACUGAAUCAGAACAUUAAAUCUGAUAUACCCGGUAUACUCAUAUUUAAUUCUAGAAUCUCAUGCAUGUUUCAUAUUUAUUUAUUUAUUUUUUUUUCAAUUUGUUUAAAAUUUUUGGUCU